GAUUCCAUUCUGUCCCCGAUCCCGUCACGUCUCCUGUAAACACACCACCGCUUCUCUCUCGUCUCGUCUCCUCGCCUCCCCCGCCUCCCCUCCCCCCUUCCUCGUCGCGCGAUUCCCCAACCCCGAAGCCGGAGUCUACCGAGCUCUCCGUGCGCCCCUGCGCGGCGCGCGCUCUCCACGUGCGCCGGCGAUCGCCGGUGCCCGUCAGGUUAUUUCUCGUGGCAUGGCAAGGAUACAUAUUGGUCUUGCCUUGUCCUUUCAUGAAUGAUGUCCUUCCGUUCGAAGGACACAAAUGCACAAACACAAUUUAAUUGGCCAUGGAGAAGCGAAUCACCAUUAUCAGCACAACUGCUCAUUGAUAUUCCACCUGAAAUAGAAUUAUCGGACUAUCGAAGGUUGCCAGGUUCAGGAAGCGAGAGCCCAUCAGGACUUCUCCAUGGUGAAGGCUUCAAGGAAGAACCAAUUGCUGACUUGGAUAUUUUUUUUGAAAGGCUUUAUGAAUAUUUCUGUGCAAAAGGGCUACGGUGCAUUGUUACCAAAUGGAUAAUCGAGAUGCUUAAUGUACUUUUUAUGGUCUGCUGUAUUGGGUUCUUCUUCUUAUUUGUUGAUUGGAAUGCCCUCGGUCAUUUGAAAUGUGGUGUAGAGGCACUUGAAUCUGGGGAAAAACCAUGUGAUCUAAUGCAAGUCAUUAAACAUAAUCCAUUAGUUCCAUUCACAUUUCCUAAAGUGGUCACUAUUGGAUCAAUGGUUAUAUUGACGACAUACGGGCUUAUCAACUUCCUCAAGUUUUUUGUGCAACUCAGAAGUACAUUGAAUAUUCGUGACUUCUACUGUAACAGUCUGAAAGUCACCGACCUUGAGAUCCAAACCAUCUCAUGGCCCAAAAUAAUUGAGAAGGUUGUCCUGCUACAGAAAUCUCAGAAACUUUGUGUUGUUAGGGACCUCUCGGAGCAUGAUAUUAUCAUGAGAAUAAUGAGGAAAGAAAAUUACUUGAUUGGGAUGGUCAAUAAAGGCAUCAUCUCAUUUCCAAUUCAUCCUUGGGUACCUGGAGCUGGUCCUACUGUCAAAUCCCAUUUGCAAAACAGGAGAAACCAUCUGAUACUCCCAAAAGCUCUAGAAUGGACAUUAAAUUGGUGCAUCUUCCAAAGUAUGUUUGAUAGUAAAUUUUGUGUUCGGAAAGAUUUUCUGACAAGCCCAGCUGUAUUGAAGAAGCGACUCGUAUUUGUGGGCAUUUCAAUGCUUAUCCUUUCACCUUGCCUUGUAAUCUUUCCAUUGGUGUACCUUAUUCUGAGACACGCUGAAGAAAUUUAUAAUCACCCCAGUACAGCUUCAUCUAGAAGAUGGUCAAAUUUAUCAAGGUGGAUUUUUAGAGAAUAUAAUGAGGUAGAUCAUUUCUUCAGACAUAGAAUGAACAACAGCGCUGUGCACUCUUUAAAUUACCUGAAGCAAUUUCCAACUCCACUGAUUUCUAUAAUGGCGAAGUUCAUAUCUUUUGUUUCUGGUGGUUUGGCUGGCGCUCUUAUAAUCAUUGGAUUUCUGGGUGAAUCUGUUCUUGAGGGCCAUAUCUUGGGAAGAAAUCUGUUCUGGUAUACUAUUGUUUUUGGAACAAUAGCUGCUAUAAGUCGAAAAGUAGUGGCUGAUGAACUCCAAGUAAUUGACCCAGAAGGGGCUAUGUGCAAUGUUGUCCAGCAUACACAUUUUAUGCCUAAGAGGUGGCGUGGUAAAGAGGACAGUGAACUGGUGCGGAGAGAAUUUGAAACACUAUUUCAGUAUACUAUAGUAAUGCUACUUGAAGAGAUGGCCUCCAUUUUCAUCACUCCAUACUUGCUGAUCUUUGAGGUACCAAAGCGUGUUGAUGAUAUUCUGCGUUUCAUCUCAGACUUCACAAUUUAUGUAGAUGGGGUGGGAGAUGUGUGCAGCCUAAGCUUGUUUGACUUCAGAAGGCACGGAAAUAGAAACUAUGGUUCACCAUUUGAUGCACUUAAAACACUUAGGAGCUCCCAAGGGAAAUUGGAGAAAUCAUUUUUAAGCUUUCAAAGUGUGUAUCCAUCAUGGGAGCCAAAUGCAGAAGGCAAACAAUUCUUAACUAACCUCCAAAAGUUCAAGGAAAGGCAAAUAAGGCAGCAGGCUAUUGCACAAUAUCAAGCAAUGGAAGCAUCAGGUUUUGUGGCAAGCACCAGAGACCACAAGGAUGAUAUCUUCCACCAACGGCUCCCUAGCAAUAUCCAUAACCGUGCGGAGGCCAUCUUGCCUGCUCUUUACAACUUGGGCCCCUUUGGAUUGCUUGACACAGAUCAAAGAAUUCAUCCAUAUAUUCUGGACUGGUACUACAUCUGCCAUCCACCUCACUUGGACAGGACCGAGGCUCCCCAUUUCAAUGAAGCAUUCCCCGAGACUGGUAAGAACACACGUCCAGCAGCAAGGGAUGCAUCUGAAGUGCAAGAAGCAAGGAACUGGGACGCUGACAUGGUUCACUCUGACCAUGAAAGAGUUCGAAGCCAUAUGGAUGCAUCGACAUCGAGCAAUCUUUUUCAUCAUGCUCCAGUAGAGCACCAUGAUACAAAAGGAAAUAUUGUUGAUUGGUGGGCCCAAGCACCUGAACAUUCUACUGGUCAGCAAGGAAGUUUUCUUGAGCCUCCGGAAUUUGGAAAUCGAUAUGUUGCUGGUACCCGUUCCAGCUAUCACACUGGUGAUUUAUCUGAUGAUGUAAGUGUGGAAGAGCUUGAGCGAAGCUAUAGCAGAACUAGCAGCAGUUGGAGAAGACCCCCGGAUUUGGCCACGACAAGGUAUAUGGACGACUCUGACAUCGAGGAAGGGUUGAAUCUCCCUUUCGCUGAUCUCCAGCAGAAGGAUGAAGAUGCUCGACGUGGUGCAUCAGAUACUAAUGACCCCACGCCUGUCGGCCUUCCUGUAAGAAUAAUUCCUAGAAGCAGUGACCCUGUUUAGACUGAAAAGCUCUCAGAUUAGCUGAUGUUUGUGCAUGGUUUGUAAAUGUCUAUAUGAACCACGACACGAACUUCACCAAAACAGGCAAAUGCCCACAAAUUCAUUUGUACAGAACCACAUAUCAUUCACUGUAUAGUCUUUUCCUGCCCUCCUAGGGAUUGUGGAGCAGGGGAAGAGCCAUUCAUUUGCAGCACGAAGUGCAUGGAUCCAGUUGUUGCCUCUUCA